ACAAAAUGGAGUUUGUUCGUACAGUUACGGCAGUAUAUUUGUGGCGAAAGGCAAGAAAAGAGGAGGAACAGAAUAAAAUAAGGAGAAGAAGGAGAUUUUGGGUUCGUCCAAUUUUUGAGAGGAGACGAGAACUAGGUGCAGGACAAACUCUAGUAGAGGAGAUGAAAUUGAAUCCUGACAAUAACAUAUACAACUUCUUUAGAAUGAAUGCAAGUUUAUUCCAUAAUUUAUUGGAAUUAGUUGGACCUCAGUUGCAGAGAUCAGAUUUGUGUAGGGCCCCAAUUAACCCGCAGACACGCCUAGCAAUUCCAUCGAGAUAUAUCGCAUCAGGGGAUAGCAUGGCAAGCCUAUCUUUUUCCUUCAGAGUAGGAAAGUCCACAGUUAGCGAAAUAAUUUCGUCUACCUUGGAAGUGCUGUGGAGUGUUCUUCAACCAGAGGUCCUAAAACAAUCGGAGGAAGAAGAUUUCAAAAAAGUAGCUCAUGGUUUCAAGAGAGUUUGGAACUACCCAAAUUGUAUAGGUGCUAUUGAUGGAAAGCAUGUUAUGAUACAGGCUCCACCUCACUCAGGAAGUACUUUUUACAAUUACAAGGGUACACAUUCAAUUGUACUUAUGGCAGUUGUAAACCAUAAGUAUCAAUUUAUGAUGGUGGAUAUUGGAGCUCGAGGGAGGCAAAGCGAUGGUGGAGUAUUUCGAAAUUCCAUAAUUGGCCAAAAAUUGAUUGAAGGAGCACUUAAUAUUCCACCUCCUAAAGAGAUUGCUGAGGGGAGACCUGCAUUACCUCAUGUAAUUGUAGGGGAUGAAGCUUUCCCAUUAUUAGAAAACCUGAUGCGCCCCUACCCAGGACGAGAAAGUUUAGAUCUCGAAAAAACAAUUUACAAUUACCGACAUUCAAGGGCAAGAAGGGUGUCUGAAAAUGCAUUUGGUAUUUUGGUGGCACGCUGGAGGAUAUUUUCUAGCCCGAUAAAUGCUAAGCUGGAGAAUGUAGAAAAAAUUGUACAAGGGGCUGUUUGCCUACACAAUUAUCUCAUUAGAAAUAAAACAGAAUAUAUAUCUUCUUCGCUAAGAGAUAUUGAAUUAGACAAUUCCCUGGUACCGAAUAACUGGAGAACAUCUAAUAAUUUUACGAGUGUUGGGCAAAUCCUCUAAUUCUAAUACAUU